AAGGAGAAUCACAAAAAUCCGAAGUCACGCUGAAUUCAGAAGAAACCGGUGUUUGUAUUAGCACUAAACAUUGAAUAUGUUCAGAAAUCAGUAUGACAAUGAUGUGACGGUGUGGAGCCCGCAGGGUCGUAUACAUCAAAUUGAAUAUGCCAUGGAAGCUGUGAAGCAGGGAUCAGCAACUGUAGGUCUCAAAUCUAAAACACAUGCCAUUCUCGUGGCUUUAAAGAGAGCUCCAUCAGAGUUAUCUGCCCAUCAGAAAAAGAUCAUCCCUAUAGAUGACCAUGUGGGUGUUUCUAUAGCAGGACUAACAGCAGAUGCCCGACUUCUUAGUAAUUUCAUGAGAUCUGAGUGCCUAAACUCCAGGUAUGCCUAUGACCAACCUCUGCCUAUAUCUCGUUUAGUGGGCUCCAUCGGCUCAAAGUCACAAAUCCCUACCCAGAGGUAUGGACGUCGGCCAUUUGGUGUUGGUCUCUUAGUAGCUGGCUAUGAUUCUAUGGGACCACAUAUUUACCAGACCUGUCCCUCGGCUAACUACUAUGACUGUAAAUGCAUGGCUAUCGGCGCCCGGUCCCAGUCUGCACGAACAUACCUAGAGAAGUACAUGGACAAGUUUGGGGAAUGCACACUUGAGGAACUGGUGAAGCAUGGUUUGCGAGCCCUGAGGGACACACUACCAUCUGAAGUGGAGCUCACUACAAAGAACUGCUCUCUAGGAAUUGUUGGAAAAGACAUUGAUUUCACAAUCUAUGAUGAUGAUGCUGUAACCAACUAUCUAGCCAUGAUAGAGGGUGAAGACAAGGACCGUGGAUCCUCUGGUGAAGGCGAGCAGGCCGAUGAUGCUGCUUCACCUAUGGAGGUACAAGGAGAGGAUGGACAGGCCGCACCUCCAGCAGACCCUGCCCCUGCUGCACCAGAGGGCGAGGAACAGCAGGCUAUGGAACAUUGACCAACCUUCUAGGCAACAGGAACUGUACAAACGUCAUCUCAUCGUCAUCUGACACAUUCACACAUUCUUAUUGUCAUCUGACACAGGACUUCAGACAUUUGUAAAUAUUCUACGGCCAUUCUUCAGAGAUUGAUCAGCAAGUACUGGACCUAUGAUAACUAAGCUGAGGAUGCGUUGCUGUAGCAUGCUAAGUUUAGAGUAUACAGACGAGGCUAGUGUGUCCUACAGGAACAGGGUUUAACUGGAAUCUUUUAAGUGCUACAGGGAGCAGUGGAUACAUUAACGGUGUACGUGGCCUUGUAAUACUGUACAGAACAGCCAGCGUACAAACCUCUACAGGACCUCAUUUUCCUGAAGACAAAAGUAGUGCUAUGUAAAAACCGUCACAGAGAGGGAAACAUCUACAAUGUUAUAUUUAUUGAUGAGAAAUAAACAUGUUUACACAAUGGU